AUGUUGGGCUGGAAAACAUUACCAUAUCUUGUUUUGCACGGUGGUGGAAGCCGCCGGAAAUCGCUAUGCCUUCGCAAACCCUCGCCAGAAAUCGCCCACAAUGCCGCAAUGCACUUACCGGAAAUCGCCUCUCACAAGCUCCGUUUGCUCUCAGAACCUCAAGACGAGCCUAGCAUCGGGAACCGAAACGUCACAAGUCUUCGCAGUGUUGCCGACACGUGUCACCCAUGCAUAGGGGAGCCCAACCGCCCUCACCUCCCCACUUGCGCCUACACUUCGAACGUUUCGACUUCUCCAUUCUUCUCCUUUUUGAGACAGAGCACACCUUUCCCAGCAUACGGCAGGCAGGCACGGGUCGAGUUUUCACUCACCUCUCGUGCCGAAUGGCAGGCACGAACGGGUCGAGUUUUUACUCACCUCUCGUGCCGAACGGCAGGCACGCAUGGUCAGGUUUUCACUCACCUCUCGUGUCGUUCAACCACCUUCGGCAAACCAACCUCUUCUUGUCGUUCCCUUCCAAUCUUCAAACCAACCUCUUAG